AUGCAUAUUGAGAAGAAUGUUUUCAAUAGUAUCAUUGGUACAUUGUUGGAGAUCCCUGGAAAAAAUAAAGAUGGGAUUGCUGCUCGGUUAGAUUUAUUGAACAUGGGGGUCAGAACUGAUUUGCAACCCGAGUAUGGACAAAGACGUACUCGAUUGCCUCCAGGGCUUUGGAAUUUGUCAAGAAUAGAGAAGAGAGCGGUUUGUAAUUCUUUCUAUGGUAUGAAGGUCCCUGAAGAUUCAAGACUUCUUGGACUUAAAUCUCAUGAUUGUUAUACCUUGAUGCAACAAUUGCUCCAUGUGGCAAUUCAUUCUGUUUUGGAACAGCCUGCAAGUACUUUCAUUCAAUGGCUCCACUUUAAGGUUCAAAGUGAACUUAAUGGGAAAAUGCAUAAUGGCAUAUCAAAAAAUUUGAGGUGGCUAGUAGUUGGUCCAAGCAUGGCAGUGCCAUCAUAUAGAAGCUAUCUUAUUAAUGGUGUUAAAUUUAACACCAAGGCACAAGAUGAUGUGCAAACUAUCCAAAAUAGUGGAGUUUAUUUACUUGCACAUACUAUGCAAGUUGCUAGUGCCAAUGAUAAAAACUCUAUUGUCUCCAAUAUGGGUUUUUAUGGUGUUAUUCAAGAAAUUUGGGACCUUGACUACCAAAAGUUUAGAAUCCCAGUCUUGAAAUGUGAUUGGAUAGAUAACACUUUGGGCCUUGUAGUCAACGAACUUGGAUUUACCCUUGUAGAUAUGAGUAAAAUUGAACAUAUUAAUGACCAAUUUGUUAUGGCUUCUCAAGUCAAACAAGUAUUUUAUGUUCACGACCCAAUGCAUCAUGGUUGGUCGGUAGUGUUAUCAAUGCCUAAUAGUGAAUAUAAUGAUGUUAUUGGUGAUGAUGUGCUAGGUGAUACUAAAAGUGAGUGUGAGCCAUUUACUAGAGGGAUACCAAAUGUUGACACAUUUGAUGACCUAGAGGGUGAGUUUGGGAAUGAAAAUAUUAGAGAUGGGUGUGAACAUGUAUGA